AAUGCUUUCCAGACUUGGUGACUCCCCCUGAAAGAAAACUCAAAAUUGAACUGCCUCACAGCUCCUCUAAUUUCUAGGCUUUCCUCUUAUCUUUUUCUAUUCCCCAGUUCAAAGCGUUCAUAGUGAUUGAAUUGGCAUCUGGUAGUUUAAUCUCAAAAUACAAUCUUUACUUGUCAUCCUUAGCCAAGCUCGGGAUUUGAUUUCUGGGUGUCAUCCGUUUCCUCGUAUUGAUUUGUCCUGUUUUUUGCUCGAAUCCAUCCAUACGGGUCCAACUAUGGAGUUGAUGUCUUUCUCGGUAGUCAUCAGGAACCUGUGUUUCUGCGUCCUCGUGUUGUCCGGGACUUGCUUUUCUGGUACUCAACUUGUUGGCCAGAUUCGGCCUGGAUUCCAAGCUUCUCAGACGGAGUGGGUCGUUCACAAUGGGAGGUUCUUGCUAUCUAACAAUUCGGCAUUUUCGUUGGGAUUUUACACCAGCGUUGAUGUCGCGACCUUUUUGUUGAACAUCAUUCACAUCAACAGUUCCCAAGUCAUUUGGACUGCUAACAGAAACCUAUUAGUCGGCAGUUCUGAUAAGUUUGUGUUUGACGACAACGGGAAUGUCUACUUGAAGAGUGGGAAUGAUUCGGCCUGGUCGACUGGUACGGCCGGAGAAAAGGUCACUGCCAUGGAAUUGAUGGAUUCUGGUAACUUGGUGUUGAUUGGGGAGAAUGAGGCGAUCCUUUGGCAGAGUUUUAGCAGUCCUACUGAUACUCUUGUGAGUGCUCAGGAAUUUGCAGAAGGGAUGAAGCUAAAAAAUUUCCCAAACAGUAACAAUAUGUCGGCGUAUCUCGAAAUUUUGUCGGGUGAUCUGAUCUUGUUUGCCGGAUAUCAAACUCCACAAACUUAUUGGUCAAUGAAAGGUGACGGCCGUAGAACAAAUGUUAGCAAUAGCACCAAUGACAAUGUUCACUCUGUGGUUUUGGUCUCGAACUCAUGGAACUUCUAUGAUCAAAAUAAGACCUUACUAUGGCAGUUUGUCUUCUCCGACAACUCCGAUCCAAAUGCCAUGUGGGCUGCAAUUUUGGGAGCCAAUGGGAUGAUCACAUUCGUUAAUCUUCAAAGGGGGAUGUCAGGAGCUGCGGAAGCUACUCGGAUACCCCAGAAUUCGUGCGGUGUCCCAGAAUAUUGUAACCCCUAUGAGGUUUGUUCCUUAGAGAUUGGGUGUAAAUGCCCUCCUGCUCUCAACGGCAACUGCAGACCUCAACCUCUAUCAUCAUGUAGCUCGUCUUAUAGAUCGGUAGAUUUUGCAUACAUUGGAGAGAAGCUCGAUUAUUUUGCAAUUGGGUUUGUGACUCCCUCUCUAAAGUCCACCGUGAAUGCUUGUAUAGAAGCAUGCCGAAGCAAUUGCUCUUGUAAUGUGCUACUUUUUAAUAGCAGUUCUGGUGAUUGCUUCUUGUUUAACCAGAUAGGAAAUUUUAAAAGACCUGAUCCGGGUUUGAAUGGUUAUGAUUCAUACAUGAAGGUUUCAAAUACCUCUGGGGCCGCAGGCAGCAAGAAUAAGAAGAAGCAUGCGAUUUUGAUUGCAGUCAUCGUUCUUGCAACUGUUACACUCAUUGCUGGUCUAGCUUAUGUUGUAUUCUGGUAUCGCCAGAAGAAGAAGUCGUUAGGUGACUAUUCUCAAGAGACUCUAGAAGAAGACAAUUUCUUGGACAUUCUUUCCAGUAUGCCUAUCCGCUUCAGUUAUGAUGAUCUGAGUAGAGCUACGGAAAACUUCUCUUCAAAGAUUGGCAAAGGAGGAUUCGGAUCGGUCUACUUAGGUGUUCUUGCGGACAGUACUCAUUUGGCUGUGAAGAAACUGGAGGGUAUAGGCCAGGGAAUUAAAGAGUUCAGAGCUGAAGUUAGUACUAUAGGGUGCAUCCAUCAUGUCCAUUUAGUCAAGCUAAAAGGUUUCUGCGCCGAGGGGGCUCACCGGCUGCUUGUUUACGAGUUCAUGGGAAAAGGGUCUCUAGACAAAUGGAUUUGCAAGAACAGUGAGGCCAGUAAGAUUCUGGAUUGGAAUACUAGAUUCAAUAUUGCUCUGGGUACAGCCAAGGGAUUAGUUUAUCUACAUGAAGAGUGUGAUAUCAAGAUUGUCCAUUGCGACAUCAAGCCCGAGAAUGUCCUUUUGGAUGAUAAUUUUGUUGCGAAAGUGUCGGACUUUGGUUUGGCCAAGCUAAUGAGCCGGGAAGAGAGUCUUGUGUAUACAACAUUAAGGGGCACGAGGGGUUACUUAGCACCAGAAUGGAUCACAAACAACCCUAUAUCGGAGAAGAGUGAUGUUUUCAGCUAUGGAAUGGUGUUGCUUGAGAUCAUCGGAGGCAGGAAAAAUUACGAUCCUGCGGAAUCUUCUGAAAAGGCCCAUUUUCCUUCUUAUGCCUUCAAAAUGUUGGAAGAAGGAAAGCCAGAGGAAAUUCUAGACUCUAGACUAGAAUUCAACGAAAAUGACGAGAGGAUUGUGAAUGCGAUCAAAGUUGCCCUGUGGUGCAUACAGGAUGAAAUGCAUUUAAGGCCACCGAUGACUAAAGUGGUUCAAAUGCUCGAGGGCCUUUGCGCCAUACCUCAUCCCCCGAUUUCCUCUCAGUUUGGCUCUCAGACUAGCUUGAGCUUUUGUAAAUGGAGCAGUGAAGACGACACUUCACCGGCGCCAAUCAAUUGGAGUAGUGAUGCAUUUCUCUCUGAAGUUCAGCUGUCAGGUCCUAGGUAAUUUUCAAAUUGGUGAAAAGCAAGAGAUGUCUCUCACUGUUUGACACAUGUAAGAGAAACAGUUUCCGUAAUCUGUGAUAUAUUGUCAUGAACUACAGUUUUUUAAGUUUUCACGAUUCA